GUGCAUGCGUAGCCGGGCAACGAUACAUGCCAAACACCUUUUACCACAAUUAAAGCAGAGAACAUACGUUCACGUUCGGUGCGUGGUAAGAUGGCGCAUAUUGCUAAUGAAAUUGCUAUGGAGUUCGGCGGAAAUGUUGGAGAUAUUAUCACGUCUAAUGCGGAAGAAUUGGCAGAACUCAAGAAGGAAAGUGGAAAUCAGCUUUACAAAACUAAGAAGUAUCAGCAAGCAAUUCCAUUUUAUACAGAAGCCAUUGAAUUAUGUCCUGACUCAUCAGCAUAUUAUGGAAAUCGUUCUGCUUGCUACAUGAUGCUGCAUCAGUAUAAAGAUGCUCUGGAGGAUGCCAGAAAAGCAAUAGCUCUUGAUAACAACUAUGUAAAAGGGUACAUCCGAAUUGCAAAAUGUAGUUUGGCUUUGGGUGAUUUGUCAGCAGCAGAUAAUGCAGUUUCCAUUGUAAGAGGACUUAGUCCUAACAACUCAGCUAUUCUACCAGAGGUUCAGAAACUCGAGGUUGUUAGGAGGUUUGAUGAGGAAGGGAACAAAGCAUACCAAAAGCAAGACUACAGAAAGGUUGUAUUUUGCAUGGAUCGGAUCCUUGAGCAGGUUCCAUGUACCAGAUUCAAACUGAAGAAGGCUGAAUGCUUGGCAUUACUUGGACGGUAUCAGGAAGCACAAGAAAUUGCAAAUGACAUUCUUCAUGUUGACAAACAGAAUGCGGAUGCAGUUUAUGUGCGGGGAAUGUGCUUAUAUUACCAGGACAAUGUGGAGCAAGCCUUCUGCCACUUCCAACAUGUUUUACGACUUGCACCAGACCAUCAAAAGGCAGUGGACAUCUACAAACGAGCGAAGGCUUUGAAACAGAAAAAGGAAGAAGGGAAUGAAGCCUUCAGAGUGGGCAGACUCAAUGAGGCCUACAGCCUCUAUACUGAAGCACUGAAGAUAGAUCCAAAUAAUAAAUCGACAAAUGCCAAAUUAUUCUUCAACAGGGCAACAGUUUGUUCAAAGCUUGAUCGCCUUAAUGAGGCAGUGGCUGAUUGCUCAGGUGCGCUGCAGUUGGAUGAAACUUACCUGAAAGCAUUGUUACGGAGAGCAAAAUGUUACAUGGAUCUCGGAAAUUUUGAGGAAGCUGUAAGAGAUUAUGAGAAAGCAUCUACAAUGGAUAAAAAUCGGGAGACCAAAAGACUUCUGCAAGAGGCAAAGUUGGCUUUAAAAAAAUCAAAACGCAAAGAUUACUACAAGAUUUUAGGAGUCGACAAGAAUGCAUCGACAGAUGAAAUCAAGAAAGCGUACAGAAAGAGGGCUCUUGUUCAUCAUCCUGAUCGUCAUGCAAAUGCGUCUGAUGGGGAAAAAAGGGAACAGGAAAAGAAGUUUAAGGAAGUUGGAGAAGCAUAUGGAAUACUGUCUGACCCUAAAAAGAGAGCACGUUAUGACAAUGGCCAAGAUCUUGAGGAUAUGGAAGGCAUGACCAGUGACGUUGACCCGAACAGUGUAUUCCAAGCAUUUUUUGCUGAACAUUCAGGAGGUCAGUUCACCUUCACAAGUGACUCUUUUCCUGGUGGAUUUACGUUCCAGUUUGGUUAAAACCCUCCACCUGCCAUUCAGUGGGUGUUGUAACAUUCCACUGGUUUUGAAGAUCUGUUGCACCAAUGUCGUAUGGUGACACCGACUAUUCCCCAUGAAUCCAGAUCAGUCAGAUAAUGUUCAACUUUAUGUAUAUGAUAGGGCGCUUAGAAAAAUGUGAAUUUACAUUAUUUUAUUAAUUCAUCUUCAUUAAAAUGUCCUAUGGGAAAAUUACAGUUGAAGUUGAAAGUUCUGUAGCAAAAAUUGAUCAUCCCUUGUACAUGCUCAUGUUAUAAAUGUACCAUCAUUACUGAUGAUGAUAUCUGGGGAAUUUUCUUUGUUUUCGUCAAGUAUCAAUAGGAUAAACAAGUUUGUGAUGUAGUAUCACUUUUGAAUACCAUGUUUUCUGUACAGUUCUUCAGGGAACUGGUCCCCCCUAGAUACAUAAUAUAUUCUUCUUGUAAUUAGUAUCAGAAGUGUAGUGAAUGUGUUGAUUGUAUUAUUGGAACAGCUGAAGUUCUGUGUUUUCAGUAGCUGUUUAUUUUCAGAACUGUUGUGUUACUACUGUCUUUAAUUCAUGCACAUUGCUUGCCACAUUUUGCCCUCAGUUUUUUGAUUGCAGGUUUGUGUGCUGACAUUUGAAUCUAACAUAGAGGCUUGUUUCUUAUGUGACAGUUCAGACAAAAAGGGGGAAGUAUAUAUUUUGGAUGGAAACGUUUUGGUAAAUGGAAUAUGAUUUUUUUCUUUACAUAAAUUAUGGAAUGUUUUAAUAAUAAUGAGAUUAUGUACUUCCCUUUGAAAGGUUCUUGAGUGCAUUCUGUAUUUUCAUGACAUUGUGUUUUAAUAGUUCUUUCCUGUAACAUAGCUUCCUUGUAUUCAUUUUAGAGUUAAUAAAUCACAUUUAGACAGUGGUUCUGUUUAUCUUUUAAAUAUCUGAGAUCAAAGAAGUGUAUGAUAAUUAACAGAAUUAACAAAUGAGUGAUAUCACGUUCAUCUGUGUAUAUUGCUGUGCACAAGUUGUGUAACUUGAUUUAUUGGCUCCUCUGUCAUAAUGAACUAUAUAUUAAAAUCAGCUUUUUGGUGUUGUAGUCUUUGUUGUAUCAGACAUAACCAUAUUAAUCUUGUAAUAUUAAAAAAAUCAUAAUCUGAAAGCUAUGAACUGUGGUCAGUAAAGUGUGCAAGUGCUGAUUUUCAGAUUGGGGCCGAUACAGUUGAAUGCUGUGUGGCAGAACUGUAUGGAUAUUCAUGCUUGUGAACACCACAUGAUUCUUUGAUGAACACUGAGCCAGAAAUCUCCCUUGUUACAAUUUUGAUUGAUGCAUAAUUGUCACAGAAAGUGCAGUCAAAGUUAAAUGAUGUAACUAAAAAUUAAUAUUUGCAUGUGUGGAUUGAAUGACGUGAUUUUUUGAUGAACAUUGAGGUGAAAAUGUCUCUUGAUAAAAUUCUGUAUAGUGCAUAAUUUUCUCAGUAAAUGCGAUUGAAGUUGAAUGUGAUGUGGCAGCUUGGUAUGGAUAUUAAUGGCUCACUCAUCACUUGAUUUCUUGAUGGAUGUUGAGUUGAAAAUGUUCGUUAGUUAAAACUCAAAUCAGUGAUUAAUUU